UCUAUUGAGAUCAAAAUUGAGGUGGUAUCACGUCGUACUCCAAAUAUUCAAUGUAAAUGAGUUUCUAUUCGUUAAAAAGAUAGUUUAUAAAUCACAAUUCUUUGCCAAAGUAGUAAGAACAACCCCAAAAUGGAAGGCCAAUGUUGCAACAAAAAUGGCAACCAAAAUGGCUUAGAACACCCUCAAGUGGCAGUGGUGAUGGUACCAUUUCCAGCGCAAGGCCAUCUGAACCAGCUCCUCCAUCUCUCUCAUCUCAUAAUCUCGUACAACAUACCGGUUUAUUAUGCCGGUUCAGCUACCGACAACCAUCAAGCGAAGCUCCGACUUCAUGGUUGGGACACUGAAAUUUUAGACAAAAUUCAUUUUCAUGACUUCCAACUCCCUAUUUAUAGCUCACCCCCUCCCAACCCCGACCCUUCUAUCCUUUUCCCUAGGGAACUUGAACCACUUUUCGAUGCUUCUAAGCAUCUCCGUCAACCUGUUUCCUUACUCUUGCAAGGACUCUCUACUAAGUUCAAGAGAAUUGUUGUUAUAUUUGAUAGUCUGAUGGCUUACGUAAUCCAAGAUGUAAAACUCAUCCAAAAUGCUGAAUCAUAUGCCUUCCGUCCCUUCUCUGCCUUGUCCAUUUUCUUAAAUAUCUGGGAAGGAAUACCUGAGAAACCUUUUCAGCUAGAUUUAGAGAUCCCACGAUGCAUUCCCUCAAAUGAAGGGUGCUUGACGCCGCUGGUUUUCAGCUUCAUAGCCAAUUUACAUAAACUACUUGGGUUUCAGGCAGGAAUGCUUUACAACACGUCUAGGCUGAUAGAGGGUAGAUAUGUCGAACUGCUGCAGAAGCUAUCGAAGAAUGCUGAGGCAAAGCACUUUGCUGUUGGACCAUUGAAUCCAGUGGAAACGAAAAGCAAAAGCGAGAAAGAUAGACAUACAUGCCUACUAUGGCUAGACAAACAAGAAGUAGGUUCAGUGAUAUACAUCUCCUUUGGAUCAACAACCUCAAUGACAGAUGAGCAGAUCACGGAGUUGGCACUAGGAUUGGAAAGAAGUCAGCAAAAGUUUAUAUGGGUGCUUAGAAGGGCUGAUACAGCUGAUGCUCUCAGAGGCACUGAAGUGAGAAAUCCUCAGCUGCCUGAAGUGUAUGAAGAGAGAGUGAAAGACAGGGGAAUAGUGAUAAGAGACUGGGCACCCCAAUUACAGAUUUUAGCACAUCCAUCCACAGGUGGGUUCAUGAGUCACUGUGGAUGGAACUCGUGCAUGGAGAGCAUUAGCAUGGGAGUGCCAAUGGCAGCAUGGCCUAUGCAUUCAGACCAACCAAGGAAUGCCGUUUUGGUGACAGAGGUGCUAAGAAUUGGUACAUUGGUGAGGGAUUGGACAGACCGUGCUAAACUAGUGAUGUCCACUACUAUAGAGAAUGUAUUGAGAAGAUUGUUGGCGUCAGAAGAAGGAAAGGCGAUGCAGGAAAGGGCUAUAGAACUGGGUGAUGCUGUUCGAGCAUCAGUUGGCAAAGAUGGUGUUUCUCGCUUAGAAAUGGAUUCUUUUAUGUCUCAUAUCACCAGAUGAUGUACGUCAGUAAUGGACAAUUCCCCUUCAGGACUUCCACAUACAAAAGGACUCGAUCACUGCAGAUCUCAGUUGCUUUCUCUCCAGAAGGCUCAAAAACCCAGUUGUGCUGUGCCUCUCUGUGCCUUUCAUUACUUUCAGAAUUCUGUCUUGUGUCUAUCCUUCAUUAAGCUAUCCGAGUCUACUCAUCAUAGAAAGCAACCCGGUUGUUAUGUAUCAAAUAUUGUAUGUCACAACUUCACAUGUUUUGUUUGUCCUUUAUAAAGCUAUUUGUAUCGGAUAUUGUAUUCACAACUUCACAUGUUCUGUUGUGUUAAGCAUUGUUUAAUACAUGUAACAAAAAGUUGCAUACCCAUCUUGCUCAUCAAAACUGUACUAGUUUGCAUAA